UCGGUUUUCGUAGAUCGCGUUGUUCGCAUACCGUGUAUAGACAAGAAGUUACAAACAAACAAAAAACGCACAUCUAUUCUUUACCUGACUAGUUGCGCGAAUACAGUUUUUUUUUCUUUAUUUCGUUUUGUGUUUAUGCGCUCGUUGCUCUACCAGUUCAAUUGUGGCGGUACCAAUUAAGAAGAGAAAUUUGUGCGCGUGUGUGUAUAUGCAGAAGUGUGAAUUAAAGAAUAACGUUGAGAAUGGGCACCCGGACAGCAGCCAAUUCACUUGUAAAACGUACAGCAUUUUCAUCGGCAAUUAACAUUUUUCCGAAUGAAGUGGCAUCGGAAAUAGUCGCCGAACAUGAUUCACCGAAAAAUGCACAAAUUCGACCAUAUUCGGAGGUUCCCGGACCAAAAGGACUGCCGCUCAUCGGAAAUUCAUGGCGUUUUGCACCACUAAUCGGUCAAUAUCGUAUUCAAGAUUUGGACAAAGUCAUGUAUUCGUUGAACAAACAGUAUGGAAAAAUCGCAAAAGUUGGUGGCCUCAUCGGACAUCCGGAUUUAUUGUUCGUAUUUGAUGGCGAUGAAAUUCGAAACAUUUUCAAAAAAGAAGAAACAUUACCACACAGACCGUCAAUGCCAUCGUUACAUCAUUAUAAAUCGAAGCUGCGAAAGGAUUUCUUUGGUGAUGACGCUGGUUUGAUUGGAGUGCAUGGCGAAAAAUGGGAUAAUUUCCGUGCACAAGUUCAACAUGUGAUGCUGCAACCAUCAACAGCUCGCAAAUAUAUUAUGCCACUUAAUGAAAUUGCCAACGAUUUCAUGGAUAGGGUACACGAGAUGCGUGACGAAAAUAAUGAAUUGCCUGGAAACUUCUUGAGUGAAUUAUACAAGUGGGCGUUAGAAUCGGUGGGUCGUGUAGCGCUUGAUACUCGUCUCGGAUGUGUUAGCAAAGAGGGUAACGAAGAAUCAAAACGUAUUAUCGACGCAAUCAAUACAUUUUUCUGGACAGUUGCUGAAGUCGAGCUACGGAUGCCAGUUUGGCGAUUUUACGAAACCAAAGCCUACAAAAACUACAUCGGAGCUUUAGAUAGUUUUACUGAACUCUGCAUGAAGCACAUUAACAUUGCAAUUGAAAACAUGAACAAUAGCAAAACAGUCAAAGAGGAGGAGAAUCUGUCAAUUAUUGAGCGUAUUAUGCAAAAAACCGGAAAUCCAAAGAUAGCCGCUGUCUUAGCUUUAGACUUAUUUUUAGUUGGUGUUGAUACGACUUCAGUAGCAGCCACAUCAACCAUUUAUCAACUAAGUCAGAAUCCCGACAAACAAGAAAUACUUUACAAAGAGCUAAAAUCAAUAAUGCCGGACGUACGAGCACCUGUAGAUACGAAAACAUUGGAACAAAUGCCAUUUUUACGUGCUUGCAUUAAAGAAACACUGAGAUUGUACCCCGUUGUCAUUGGAAACGGACGAAAUCUACAGUCGGAUGCAGUCAUCGCUGGUUAUCAUGUACCAAAAGGGACACAUGUCAUCUUUCCACAUUUAGCUGUGUCGAAUUCGAAUGAAUAUUUCCCAGAACCAGAACGCUUUUUACCGGAAAGAUGGAUUAAACGAGGCGAAUUGAGUGAUGUGUCAGGUUGCCCACAUGCUGGUCAAAAAAUUCAUCCAUUUGUUAGUCUACCGUUUGGAUAUGGGCGUCGCAUGUGCAUUGGUCGUCGAUUCGCUGAAAAUGAAUUGCAUAUUUUGGUCGCAAAGUUCUUCCGAAAAUACAAAAUUGAAUACAAUUACGGUAAACUCACAUACAAAGUGAAUCCAACAUACAUUCCGGAACAACCAUUAAAAUUUAAAUUGACUGAACGACAAAAUUGAAGCGACCACAGUGUGCACCAAUUGCUUCAAUCCAUUGUGGCCAAAUGCUCUAAAUAUGUUUUUUUUAGUGUUGUUAUUUGUAUCCAUCAAACUAUGCAAAAAUGAAUAAUGGGCGCACCAAACAUUUCCCGGUGUGUGUGAGAGAGUUUGUGUGUCUGCUGUAAUUUGGCGCAACAAUUUGUCAAUAUUUAAUCACCAAAAUGUCAAACUGAAGCCAAUUAAAUAAUAAAUCACGUUAUCUAUUUCGAACAGACAAUAUAUUGAAUUAACUGGUCAACUGAGCUGACAGUACGUUAGCCAGCUAAAUGAAUAUGAAACAAUAGUUAGUUCAAUAUAUUGUCUGAUUUCGAAUGCUUUUUAUUUUCGAGCCAAAUUAUAUAUGACCAAUUUCCUAUCAAACAGUCUUUUCAUAAAUUAAAUGAUAUCGAUUGGAUAGAACAGUGAUUACAUGAAUUACCAGAAUCUGUAAUUUAAAAAUAAUAAAUAAUCUAUAUGUGUUUAAAUUAAAAAUCAGAUCAAACAGCAUAAAAGCUGCGAGUUAAAGAGCAAAAUUCAAUCCAUUUUGAAUUAUUAUUUUGGAGUAAGCGCCGGAUUUAUAUGGCCGCAAAACCAUACCAACCACAAACAUUAACUAUUAAUUAAUAAAACAAUUUACCAAUUUGUUUAAAUAUUUGCUUAAAAAAUUAAUUUCAUACCGCAUAGGUUUAUUCGAAUUACAACUUAUUUGUAUUUGUAUAUUGCAUUGUAUUAUAUAUUUGAUGUACAACGAAAAAAAUUGUAAAAACAAGAACG